UAGGACCUGACUCAGAAAACUACAACUCACAGAGUCCCCUCCGUAAUACCUUAAUAUGUUGUUGAUGGCGUCUGGUGAAGGUCUACAGACAGGUCGCCGUCUGACGAGCAGAUAGGCCGGUCGAAUUUAACGGUUGCACUUUUGGACUAUUGUUGCAUGAUGGAGGUGGAGAAUGUCAGGAUGGAUUUGCAAAACAAUGAGAAUUGUUUGAUUCAUCGACGGUUCGAAGCCGCCGUGAAAGUGAUCAAGAGUUUACCCCCCGAUGGUCCCUUUCAGCCUUCUAACGACAUGAUGCUGCGGUUCUACAGUUUUUACAAACAAGCGACGCUUGGGCCGUGUGACAUACCCAGACCUGGCUUUUGGGACGCUGUUGGCAAAGCAAAAUGGGAUUCCUGGCAUUCUCUGGGAGACAUGUCAAAAGAAGAAGCAAUGGCCGCCUAUGUUGAUGAAAUGAAACUGAUCCUGGAGGGUAUGCCCGUGACAGAGGAGGUGGAGGAGCUCCUGCUCGUCCUCGGUCCGUUCUACGAGAUGGUGGAAGAGAAGAAGAAGAAGAUCACACAGAUAUCAGACCUGAGUUCAGGGUUUGGUACCACGAUGGAUUCCAUGAGCGUCACAAAGAGCAUCGUCAGAAGUAUGGAAAUGAACGGGAGCCUGAGGACUCAGCCUGACCGGCUCAGAGUGAAGGAGACUUCGGAGGAAGAAGAGGAGGACGAGGAUGAGGCAGAAGAAGGAGAGGUUAAGGAGGAGGAAGAGGACGUAGAACUGAGGGAGGACAGGAAAGCUUUGCAGCCAAAGAAGAGGAGACACAAAGUCCCUCUAUCCAAUGGUAAAAUGACAAACGGGGUCAACCACCUGACCAACGGGGGUCAUUCUAAGGUCGCUCUGAACAGUGACUACUCUGUGGAGGGUUUGGUUGGCGAGCAUCUCCUCAAUGGUCACCAUGCAGAUCUCGUUGGUGACGUACCAGGUUCCAACCACGUCGCCAGUGACUCCGACAGUGAAGUCUACUGCGAUUCUGUCGACCAGUUUGGACAGGACGAGAGUCCGGACCUUAACCGCUCUCUGGAAGACCUGGACGAAGAGGAGCCCCAGGGGCUACAGCCUCCAGAGACGGCACAAAGAAUCCAGGCUGACGUUCACGGUCCUCUGAAGAUGAUCAAGUGUGGAGGAGAGGAUGGAGACAGCAGUGGGACAGCGCCGCAGAGACAGAGGCUGCAUGGAAAUGUUCAGAACAUCAGAGGAGGGAGAGGCUCCAGGUCUCAGGUUCCUGGCCCCGGAGCUCUGAUGCCACUGCACAGCGGUGAAGACGGGGACCAGGGUCGUGGCAGAGGACUGGUUCCUCCUGGAGGAAGCCUGAAUGAGCAGAUAGUGGUGGCGCUGGCGAGGCUACAGGAGGACAUGCAGAGUGUCCUGGAGAGGCUGCACACACUGGAGGCGCUGUCUGCCAGUCAGGUCAGACGUAAUACAGAACAUGAAGUAGCUCCUCGUUCCACAGGGUUUGGUACCACGAUGGAUUCCAUGAGCGUCACAAAGAGCAUCGUCAGAAGUAUGGAAAUGAACGGGAGCCUGAGGACUCAGCCUGACCGGCUCAGAGUGAAGGAUGUGAAGGAGACUUCGGAGGAAGAAGAGGAGGACGAGGAUGAGGCAGAAGAAGGAGAGGUUAAGGAGGAGGAAGAGGACGUAGAACUGAGGGAGGACAGGAAAGCUUUGCAGCCAAAGAAGAGGAGACACAAAGUCCCUCUAUCCAAUGGUAAAAUGACAAACGGGGUCAACCACAUGACCAACGGGGGUCAUUCUAAGGUCGCUCUGAACAGUGACUACUCUGUGGAGGGUUUGGUUGGCGAGCAUCUCCUCAAUGGUCACCAUGCAGAUCUCGUUGGUGACGUACCAGGUUCCAACCACGUCGCCAGUGACUCCGACAGUGAAGUCUACUGCGAUUCUGUCGACCAGUUUGGACAGGACGAGAGUCCGGACCUUAACCGCUCUCUGGAAGACCUGGACGAAGAGGAGCCCCAGGGGCUACAGCCUCCAGAGACGGCACAAAGAAUCCAGGCUGACGUUCACGGUCCUCUGAAGAUGAUCAAGUGUGGAGGAGAGGAUGGAGACAGCAGUGGGACAGCGCCGCAGAGACAGAGGCUGCAUGGAAAUGUUCAGAACAUCAGAGGAGGGAGAGGCUCCAGGUCUCAGGUUCCUGGCCCCGGAGCUCUGAUGCCACUGCACAGCGGUGAAGACGGGGACCAGGGUCGUGGCAGAGGACUGGUUCCUCCUGGAGGAAGCCUGAAUGAGCAGAUAGUGGUGGCGCUGGCGAGGCUACAGGAGGACAUGCAGAGUGUCCUGGAGAGGCUGCACACACUGGAGGCGCUGUCUGCCAGUCAGGCAAGAUCACUGUCCCUGUCGCCUACGUACACACCACCAGUGAAAAAGAAAAGUCAGAAGCCCUCCUGGUGGCCCUUUGACAUUUCUCCGGCCAGCCUGGCCUUCGCAGUGAUGUGGCCAUUCGUGGUGCAGUGGCUGCUCCGCCUGUUCCUGCACAGGAGAAGGAGAAUCAACUGAAGCUGCUUCUACUGUAACCUGCCCCCCCGCCCGCUUAGACACACAGCCUGGUAAUUUUUGCUUUUGCACUAUUGAUACUGAAAAAGGCACCGAGAAAGUGAAGAAGAAGAUGUGUGAGGAGUGAGUGUCUCCGUCCCUGUGAAAUAAAAACCAGAAACGCGAAUGUGUGGCCGUUGGUUCUACACACACUGUGUACGUGUGUGUACUUUAAUCCUAGAACGCAAAGGCCUGGAAUAUUGUGCUUGAUGCAGUUGUAAAUUUUAACCCUUGUUUUUUUAUUAGUCGCCCCGUUAAUGCUGCUAAAAACAUAAAUGAUAAAAGUGUAGUUUAUUAAGGAUCGAUUGAAUGUAAUAAUAUAUUAUCAACGUGUGAGAACUAGUUUGUAAAUCCUCUGAGAAUCCACUUCAUAUUUGUUUGUCUUCAGCCCUGGGUGAAAAAGAGUGACCGUGACCUGCAGCAGCUGCAGCAGCAGGGAUUUCUGUUUAGACUCAUCUACUUGGUUCUUGUUUAAAGGUUAACACAACAUUGUCCAUGUGUUCUGUCGU